AUGGCACUAGGGCUUUUCUGGUUGGUGGGUUUCCUUGUCCACAUUCUCUCAGUGAGUGCCGAGACCCUCAAUUAUGAAUGGAACAUCACUUGGGUAUCGGCCAAUCCAGAUGGCUUGCAAGAACGUCUUGUGAUUGGUAUUAAUGGCCAAUGGCCCCUUCCGGUGCUCAAUUUCACCCUCGGCGAUCGAGUGAUUGCAAAGGUAUACAAUGCUUUGGGCAAUGAAUCUACCAGCAUACAUUGGCAUGGCUUUUUCCAGAAUGGAACCACCCAUAUGGAUGGUGCUCCGAGUAUAACACAGUGUGACAUUGCCCCGGGGUCCACAUUCGUUUACAACUUCACUGUAAAUCAAACGGGCACCUAUUGGUACCACUCACAUGCUCGAGGCCAGUACCCAGAUGGCCUACGGCAGGCGCUAGUGAUCAAGGGUCCUGAUGAGCCGUAUUCUGACCAGUAUGAUGAGGAGCGUGUGAUUACUCUAUCAGAGUGGUAUCAUGACCCCAUGCCGACCCUGCUGAAGCAGUUUAUCAGUGUUACAAAUCCUACUGGAGCAGAGCCUGUCCCAAAGUCUGCACUCAUGAAUGAUACUCAGAACUUGACCGUAGCUGUUGAGCCAGGGAAGACUUACCUAUUUCGUUUAGUCAAUGUGGCGGCCUUCGCAAGCCAGUAUUUCUGGAUUGAGGACCAUACCAUGAAAAUUGUGGAGGUCGAUGGCGUAUGGACUGAACCAGCUGAAGCCAGUAUGAUCUAUAUUACAGCAGCGCAACGCUACAGUUUCUUGGUGACAAUGAAAAAUGACACAAGCAAGAACUACGCUAUGGUGGGAAGUAUGGACACGGACCUCUUCGAUGCACUCCCUCCGACUCUGAACUACAACGUUACGGGAUGGCUAGUCUACGACGACAAGGCUGAAAAACCGGGUCCGGCUGAUAUUUCAUCAUUCGAUCCAUACGAUGACUUCGGACUUGUCCCUGCCGAUGGUGAGAAACUAUUGGGUGACCCUGACUACACAGUCACUCUCGAUCUUUCCAUGGAUAAUCUGGGAGACGGUGCUAAUUAUGCCUUCUUCAAUGGUAUAACAUAUGUUAUGCCUAAAGUGCCAACGCUUUACACGGCUUUAUCCACCGGGUCAGCUGCCACAAAUUCCACUGUAUACGGUUACAAUACCAACGCCUUCAUCCUGAAUAAAGGCGAUAUCAUUGACCUUGUCCUGAACAACGACGACACGGGAAAACAUCCUUUCCAUCUUCAUGGUCAUAAUUUCCAAGUCGUCGCUCGCAGCGAUGAAGACGUAGGUCACUAUGAUGCCAACAACCAUCCUGCUUUCCCGUCAGUCCCGAUGCGAAGGGAUACUAUAUACGUGAAGCCGACAGGACACUUUGUCAUCCGAUUCCGAGCGGAUAAUCCAGGUGUAUGGAUCUUUCACUGUCACAUCGAAUGGCACAUGGACGCCGGCCUUGCGGUUGUCCUGAUUGAAGCGCCAUUAGAUCUGCAACAGACACUUACAAUUCCAGACGACCACUGGCAGGCAUGCGAUGCAAGUAAUACCUUGAAAGAGGGCAAUGCAGCAGGAAACACAAAAGACUUUUACGAUCUGACUGGGGCGAACACCUCGGUUCCUCCACUGCCCGCCGGGUUUACUGCGCGAGGCAUUGUGGCCUUGGUUUUCAGCUGCAUUGCCGCAAUUCUAGGUUUAAUAAGUAUUGUCUGGUAUGGCAUGGCACCGAUUACAGUAAAACAAUCGCCAACCGAUGAGACGAGGGAAGAAAAUAGUAAUUAA